CGCGCGCAGGCCAAAGCGUUUGGCGGGUUUUUCCUGCCUGUGCUCCUCACUGAGGAGCUAAGCAGUAGUUUCGGCUGCAAGUUUUUCUCUCCGGAGCUAGACCUUUCGAGUUUUCUUUUUGUUGACGCGUUUCUCUGUGACCUGGUGGCUGGGGUCUUCUGAGGGCCCGCGUCCCUGUUACCUUCGCCCAAAGCGAAAGGACAAGCUUCUGCUGAGCAGACUUGAACUGAGGUAGGAGCUGAGGCGCCGACCCCGCGCCGGGACACCCCGCCGGGACACCAUGGCCGUGUCCACCCAGCAGCUGGCGGAGGAGCUCCAGAUCUUCGGCCUGGACUGCGAGGAUGCCCUAAUGGAGAAACUGGCAGAGCUGUGUGUUCUGUACAGACAGACUGAGGAGGGAAUGGUAAGCGAGCUUAUUGCCUUCUGCACCAGCACGGGGAAAGUGUGCCUUACUCCAGAGAUCCUGAGCUCUUUUGAACAUGAGGUUCUAAACAAAAAAUUAUCCAAAGCCUGGCACAGUGCCUCCAAAGAUAGUGGCCAUGCAGGAGCCAGAGACAUUGUUUCUAUACAAGAGCUGAUUGAAGCGGAGGAAGAAGAGGAGACCCUUUUGAACUCUUACACCACACCCUCUAAGGGUCCUCAUAAGCGAACUAGCAGCACCCCAGAAACCCCCCUAAUGAAAAGGAGUGUCUCUACUCGUAGCCCGCAUCAGCUUCUCUCCCCAUCAAGUUUCUCCCCAAGUGCUGCCCCUUCCCAGAAAUACAGCUCCAGAACCAACCGAGGAGAAGUGGUCACCACCUUUGGCUCAGUACAGGGCGUGUCUUGGUCCGGGAGAGGAGGCUCUGGAAGCGUCAGCCUGAAGGUCAUAGGGUACCCGGAGCCACUCACAAGCAGCUACAAAUCCAUGUUUCAGCAGCUCUCUGAUAUUCGUGAAGUUCUGACCUGUAAGAUAGAAGAGCUUGGCAGUGAACUGAAGGAGCAUUACAAGAUUGAGGCUUUUACUCCUCUUCUAGAGCCAGCACAGGAGCCUGUCAUCCUGCUGGGCCAGAUUGGAUGUGACAGCAAUGGGAAGCUGAACAGCAAGUCAGUGAUUCUCGAGGGAGACCGGGAACACUCCUCGGGCACUCAGAUUCCAGUGGAUCUGUCCGACCUCAAGGAAUAUUCUCUCUUUCCUGGGCAGGUUGUCAUUAUGGAAGGAUUCAACACCACUGGUAGAAGACUUACUGCCACCAAACUCUAUGAGGGUGUGCCACUUCCAUUCCAUGAGCCCACUGAAGAGGAUGGAGAUUUUGAGCAAACUAUGGUUUUAGUUGCCUGUGGGCCUUAUACCACCUCUGACAGCAUCACAUACGACCCCCUGCUUGAUCUGAUCACCAUCAUCAACCAUGACCGGCCAGAUGUCUGCAUCCUGUUUGGACCUUUCCUGGAUGCUAAACAUGAGCAGGUGGAGAACUGUCGGCUGACAAGCCCAUUUGAAGACGUUUUCAAGCAGUGCCUGAGAACCGUUAUCGAAGGAACAAGAAGCUCCGGCUCCCACCUUGUCUUUGUCCCGUCUCUGAGGGACGUGCAUCACGAACCAGUAUACCCACAGCCACCUUUUACCUUCUCUGAGCUGCCUCGAGAGGACAAAAAGCGCGUGCAGUUUGUGUCGGAGCCCUGCAGCCUCUCCAUAAAUGGAGUGAUGUUUGGCUUGACAUCCACAGACCUGCUGUUCCACAUCGGGGCCGAGGAGAUCUGUAGCUCUUCUGGGACUUCAGACAGAUUCAGCCGAAUCCUCAAGCAUAUCCUAACACAGAGAAGCUACUACCCACUCUACCCGCCCCACGAGGACAUGGCCAUAGACUAUGAGAAUUUCUAUACCUACGCCCAGCUUCCAGUCACCCCUGAUGUCUUCAUAGUACCAUCGGAGCUGAGGUACUUCGUGAAGGACAUCCUUGGCUGUGUCUGUAUGAAUCCUGGGCGACUCACCAAAGGACAAGUGGGUGGCACCUUCGGCCGCCUCUACCUCAGGAGGCAGCCCGGGGCCACGGACAGUAAGGGCAGGCAGGGCCUGAGUGUGGCCGCGCAGGUCGUCAGAAUCUGAGUCUUCAGCCUAGGUCGUGUGGCCUCACAGACACCAAGAGCCCAGUGUCCUAGGAAUGUUGUCUACUUGACCUAUGUCCAGAGAAGGCAGAGCUUUGGUCACACUGGGCUCCAUCCAGCCCCUUGGAACUCUCCCAGCCCUACCCUGCAUCCUCCCAAAGUCCUCAGACUACAGUUGCUGAGGAAGAAACUUGGCUUUGGCUACAGAACUGGGCUGCAGAGCAAGCAGCUGGCAACCUGCCUGACUCUCCCUGUGCCUCGUCUCAAGCGUGUCUCACACGCUUGCUGUGGUCUCCAUCUGGAGGAGGCAGCCCUGAUGAGCCCUUCCGUAGCUGUAAUCUCCAGUCAGUCCACCCGCCACUCUGUCAGGUUCGGCAGUAGCCUUGCCUGUAACCCAGAGCUCUCAGGUAAGGUCAGGGAUCCCAGGACAUCCCCACGCCCAUAUGUUCUGGCAUCGAAGAAAGCGUGCAGAGAGUAAAACUUGGCGCAGGUUUCAGUCCCACAUAAGCAGGCUGGCCCCCUUUGCAUGCCAGAGGCAAGGUAGGAGCACCCAAGCUGCCAGGCCCUAGGAAGUGUGAGGGGUAGCAGCUUUGAGUGACAGAAAUAGGGGACCUGACAAAACCAGCCUGUGCUCCUCACCUCUGAUGGAGGAGGCAUCAGGGAACAGUUCGCCCACCAUGAGAACAUCCUUCCACCUUUUGUGAAAGUGCGUGGGAGGCUGUUUUUAAUCCCAGCACGAGGAAGGCAGAAGCAAGCGGAUCUCUGAAUUUGAGACCAGCCUGGUCUACAUAGUCAUUCCAAAAAGAGUACCUUUGAGGAAAGACUUAGAAACAGUCCUCAACUUGGGGGAAGUGAUAACCCUUGUCCUCUGGCUUCUAAACAGGAAACUGUUUUUGAUGGGAUUUCUCUGUGCAUCCCUGGUUGUCCAGGAACUCACUCUGUAGACCAGGCUAGCCUCAAACUCAGAGAUCUAUCUGCCUCUGCCUCCCAAGUUCUGCAAUUAGAAGUGUACAUCACCACGCCUGACCCCAGGAAGCAUUUAAUGGUCCACAUUACAAUGUGACUGGUCAGCCUCAGAAGUGGCAUGUGUGGCACAAGAGCUUUGUGUCUUAACCAAUCCAAACAUCAACUCUCCGCCUGCCCUGCCCUUGUCUUAGAAACAGGGCUGGGAAGAUGAAACCAUCAGGGCCACGAUAAACAAGCUCUAGCUACAUCCUAGGGAGCUGCAGAACUUAGCAAUUGUCUUUUGCUUCUGAUGGCUUGUGGGGAAUAGUAGUGCCCUGCCACUGUCUGCCCCACAAUAGGCAGGCCUGCCUUUCCAGACUUGGGAAGGUUUGGAGACUUGGCAGUGGGAGGUUGCAAGUCAGUUCGAGACCCAAAGGCAAUGGAAAGAGAAAUCAAAGGCUCCUUGCCACUAGACUUGAAUGGAAGUCUACUCUUGCCUGGAUACCAGUCGGAUGGGCUAGAGAUAAUCUGGGAGGGUGUUUAAGACCCAAAUGAAAAGGAGGUUGUGAACUCAGAGCAGAUACGUCUGGCAGCCAUGCCUCUGCCACCAGAAGGUUCCUUUUUACUCUUGUCAGGAAGUUGGUGCCAAAUGAGUGCCAGCUUACUUCCUUGGUCCUCACUUCAGCUGCAUGGCCAGUCUCCUGCAGCAUGUCGUCCAUAGCGCUCGCUGCGCCUACCCGUGAGCAUGUGAUCUUUGAACUGAAGUACUGGUGAUGGAGGGUAUAGGCUGGCAGGACCCCAUCUGCCUUCCCACUUCCUUUGGUGGCAUCCCCCCACUUCUGAUCUCCAGUGUGCCCUUGACACCAGAGCUCAGGACAGAUAGAUGGUUCUGAAGAAACAGUUCUGCCUCCUACCCAGGGCAUUUUCUUCACUCCCUGGGGAAACCACCACCCUGUCUCCUUUCAGGCGUGGCUGCCCUUUAGGAGUCCCUUUUCUGGGAGGGGAGGGCAGAACUGCCGAGGGGAACAAAAGCCCCUCAUAGUGCCCAUUCGUGGGAACUUAGUUGAGUGCCAGGAACAAAGCUAGGGAAUUGGAACCAUGAGGGGCAUCCAAGGGCAGGACAGCUGGGCCAAUGCCAAAAUGCUGGUCCUCAGAUCCUUCCAUUCUGUCCUGUUUUCUAGAGUCCCCCUGAGUGUAGGUUUCCUUCCCUUGGCCCCGGGCCGGGCAGAACCACUUGACAACACUGCACACACACGUUGGCUCGUUCUCCCACAUGAGAGAGAGCAUAUAUAGCAAUAUAUAGCAAACCUUUUAUUUGUUUUUUAAUGCUUUAUUUUUAUUUGGUGUGCAUUGAUGUUUUGCUUGCA